CGACAGUGCUCCAAACCAAAGCAAGAUGAAUGAUGCUUCAACACAAAACAAAACAAUGGAGAUUAAGCUCGAGAAAUUAAACACAAUACUCAUAAAACCCUCAAAACCUACACCAUCACAUCUUCAAACUUUCAAAGUCUCAUUACUAGAUCAAGUUUGUCCUAAUAAUCAUAUCAACGGCACUUUCUUCUACCCAAAUAACAAUAACAAUAACAAUAAUCAUAACCACCAUUUUUCUGAUUUUUCCAAUAAAUCAAAAAUUCUUCAAAACUCACUUUCUCAAACAUUAUCCCAUUUUUACCCUUUCGCCGGCCGUCUACAUGACGACACCACCAUUCACUGUAACGACAACGGCGUUUUCUUCAUCGAAUCACAAACAACCACCACUCUCUUCGAAAUUCUCACCAAUCCUAAUUUCAAAACACUAGAAUGCUUCCCCCCAACCACUGAGGAGAAACAAAAUAUGUUGUUACUACUCCGAUUCACCUUGUUCAGUUGCGGUUCCACCGCAAUUACCAUCUCCAUCACACACAGGAUCGCUGACACCAACACAGUAAUCAGUUUUCUCAACACUUGGACAGCAAUCACCACCGGAAAUGAAAUUGUUCCACUCCCUGAUUUAACCGUCGCCGCUGCUCUUUUUCCUCCGAGAGAAAUUCCCGGCAUGUCUUCUGGUUCCGUUAAAACUUCCGAUGCAAAAUUCACUACUAGAAGAUUCAUUUUCAAAGCAUCCAAAAUAGAAGAACUAAAGAUAAAAAUCAAAAACAAAUUUGAAUUUCAUCCUUCUAGGGUAGAGGUUGUUCUAGCUCUGAUUUGGAAAUGUGCUCUUUCGGCAUCAACAGCAGUUUCUGGUUCCAAAACGACGUCGUCGAUUUUGUUCCAAGCAAUGAACCUCCGUACACGGAUGAACAUACCAGAGAAUGUAGUUGGGACCUUAGCUUGGCCGUUUUGGGUGACGGUUGAAGAAGAAAGCCACGUGGCAUUAGAUGAGAUGGUGAAAAGAAUGAGGAAGGGUGUAAUGGACUUUAUAGAGAAUAAAGUAGAGAGGUUUAAAGAAGAAGGUGGGUUUAAGGUUGUGGUGGAGAAUUUGAAAGAGAGGGUUGAGAUUUUGAAAAGGAACAAUGAGAAUGAGGGUAGUUUGGUAAUUUACAACAGUUCGAGUUGGUGUAAAUUUCCAGUGCUUGAGUUUGAUUUUGGGUGGGGGAAACCUGUGUGGUGUUGUAGUGUGCAUAUUAAUUUGGCGAGUAAUUUUAUUUAUUUGAUGGAUACAAAAAAUGGUGGUGGAAUUGAAGCUUUCGUUACUCUUGUUGAAGAUGAGAUGAAAUUGUUUCAACAAAAUCAGGAGCUGCUUCACUAUGCUGUGCUUAAUCCUACAACAACUCUUAUUUCAACUUCAAAGCUAUAAUAUUUAUAAGUAUAUUAAAAACUUGAUGGCUCAAAUUAGUAAUGCGCAUCUUUUCUGAUUUGACAAAAGUAAUCUCUCUUUACUAUUUUAUAUAGUUUAAAAUGUUGGAUAGUUAAGUAAUUUUUUCAUGAGAAAUGAUAUAUGGACAACAUUUUUUGAACAACAUUGGACAACAAUAAUAAAAAAUAUUAUUUUCUCUCUCAUUUUUUUGUUUGAGUUUUCAUUUUCUUUAAGUAAAAAAAUCCCAAUGUGUUAAGCAUUCCCUCUCUUUGUUCCCGCUCACCCAUUUUUCCCCUUUCCUAAUCAGCUCUUUGCUCUCUCAUUUAACUCAUCUCUCAUAGAUCUGUCAACUAUGUUCCACUCUAUUCACCUAUAGCUUUUAGUGAAGAACUAUGUUGAGUGAAAAAUCUCAGUUGAUGUUAGCAUAUUGAAGAUGUUGAAGACUUGAAGUGUAACUUUGAUGCAAGAGGUUAGUAUUGUAUAUGAAUCAUUGUAUUUGUGUCAAUGUCUUAGCCAUGGUUCCUGCCAUAUAUUUAUCUUGCUUCCCUAACAAUCUUAAACACAAUGAACUAAUUUCAAAAUUUGUCAUUUGCCAAUGGGAAAACUUCAAAUGCUCCAUAGUGGUGUAUUUGUCCUUUGCCAAUGAAAGAACUUCAAAUUCUUCAUAGUGGUGUCAAAGCAUAUCUCUUUUGUCUUGUGAAAUCUUGGUCUGUUAAAAAUUAUGCAGAAGAUUAUCAAGCUAUGUGAAUCAAAACCAAUCCAAACAUUCUUCACUUAUGAUGCACAUACUAAUACUUUCCUUUGACAAAUGUCAUUGUUCUUCCAUUUCCUAAGUGAACCUGCAUAAUGACAUCCAAAUAAGCAAGAUUCAACAAAAUUAAAACACAACCCAACACCAACACAAAAGAAUAUAACAAUAGCAGUGAGCAACAUUGAAAGCAUAAUGACUCCUCCCAAAUUCACUUACUCUUCAAUUGAAAUAUUGAAAUAAGCCCCAUCAAAAUUUGUACUAUGAUUGAGGAAACACAUCUCUGGAUUGUUGUUGUUGAGGAACAAUGGGUUUUGUUUCCCUCUCAUUCAGAUCAGAGCAUCACUGUCACCGAAGCCCCCGUCGGUCGCCGUUGUGAAACAUACAUUCUCUUCCGGCCGCCACUGUCAUCGUUGUCGUCUUCAACAAAACAGAACAUGGUCGGAUAUAUCAUGUUCACAGUCAGUUUCUUCAAUAUUGAUGUGUGUCCGAUUUUUAUGGAAUGAGAGAGAGCAGUGCGACAAUGGUGAAGAAAAGAAGGAGGAAGACGAUGGGUUGUGAAGAGAUAAGAGAGAGAGAAUAUUUUGUCCUUGAAAUUAUCAAGUUACCCUUGCCAACAUACAAAAAUUACAAAAUUAACCUGUUGUCAUGUGAAAAUAAUACUUUUUUAUUAUUGUUGUCAAAUGUUGUCAAAAAAUUAGAUGUUCGAAUAUCAUUUCUCUUUUUUCAUUGUGUCCAACUGAAUUUUCGAAAUUGCUGUUUGUCUUUGUUACUUAUUUGUUUCAAGUCAUGCCUAAUUUUUCCUUCAGAAAUAUCAAAUGAUGUGUGUUUGAUGUGAAUUGUUAUGUUCGGUGGCUCCUUUUUAGUGGAACUUAGUGGCUUUAAUUCAUCUACUUCAUGGUCAACAAGGAACGAUGCUAGUAUUAUAGUAUAUACCAAGUUAACUUUGAGAUUUUAUUUCUACGCAAAUUAGUAAUUAGAAUUUUCCAUUUGUUUUAUUGAUAA